UGGCUGGCCAGGGAUGGAGUGCAGCGCGGUGCCCGCCUUGCCGCCGCACACACAGCGUUUCCGUUGCCAAGGGAACGGGGCGCCGCUCUUUCCGGCGCGGUCGCACAGAGGAGCAGCUGUCAUGGCGGACUCUGUCUGGAGCACUGACACCGGGGAGGCCGUGUAUCGCUCCCGGGACCCCGUGCGCAACCUGCGCCUCCGAGUUCAUCUGCAAAGAAUCACAUCAAGCAAUUUUCUUCAUUACCAGCCUGCUGCCCAGCUGGGGAAGGACCUCAUAGACUUGGCCACUUUUAGGCCUCACCCAACUGCUAGUGGCCACCGCCCAGAUGAAGACGAAGAGGAAGAGAUUGUGAUUGGUUGGCAGGAGAAGCUCUUCAGCCAGUUUGAAGUCGAUCUGUACCAAAAUGAAUCAGCGUGUCAGAGUCCUUUGGAUCGUCAGUACCGCCAAGAGAUUCUGAAGCUGGAGAAUUCUGGGGGCAGGAAGAACCGGCGAAUCUUUACCUAUACUGACUCUGACAGAUACACCGACUUGGAAGAGUACUGUCAGAAAAUAACCACCAUGGCCAACGAGGUGCCGUCAUUCUUGGUUGAGCGAAUGGCGAAUGUCAGGCGGCGGCGGCAGGACAGGCGAGGGAUGGAGGACAGCAAACUCAAGUCUCGCAUCGUCACCUGGGAACCCUCAGAAGACUUCAUCAGAAACAACCAUGCUAUUAACACCCCUCUUCAGACAAUGUACAUCAUGGCGGACCUUGGGCCCUAUGGAAAGCUCGGCUAUAAGACACAUGAACAUGUCCUCUGUAUUCUGAAGGUGGACAGCAAUGGUGUGAUCACAGUGAAACCUGACUUCACUGGCAUUAAAGGACCCUACAGAAUCGAGACCCAGGGGGAGAAGCAAGAGCUGUGGAAAUAUACAAUCGACAACGUCUCCUCCCUUGCACAGCCAGAGGAAGAGGAGCGGGAACAGCGUGUGUUCAAGGAUCUUUAUGGCAGACACAAGGAGUACCUCAGCAGCCUUGUGGGCACAGACUUUGAGACGACAGUCCCAGGUGCCCUCCGGCUCUUUGUAAAUGGAGAGGUAGUUUCAGCCCAAGGCUAUGAGUAUGACAACCUCUACAUCCACUUCUUUGUGGAAUUGCCAGCUACUAACUGGUCAAGCCCAGCAUUCCCGCAGCUCUCAGGAGUAACCCAGACCUGUGCCACCAAGUCCCUGGGAAUGGACAAAGUGGCCUAUUUCUCCUACCCAUUCACCUUUGAAGCCUUCUUCCUCCAUGAGGAUGAAUCUGUUGAUGCUCUCCCGGAGUGGCCUGUGCUCUACUGUAAGGUCCUGUCACUGGACUUCUGGCAGAGGUAUCGUGUGGAAGGCUACGGGGCUGUAGUGCUGCCUAUCACCCCAGGGUCACACACUCUGACUAUCUCCACAUGGCGGCCCAUGGAGCUGGGCCUUGUGGCUGAGCUGAGGAGGUUCUUCAUUGGCGGUUCUCUGGAGCUGGAGGACCCCUCCUAUGUGAGGAUACCAGGAACCUUCAAGGGGGAGCGCCUGAGCCGUUUUGGAUUCCGCACAGAGACUACAGGCACUGUCACCUUCCGCUUGCAUUGUCUGCAGCAGUCCAGGGCCUUCAUGGAAUCAAGCUCCCUCCGGAAAAGGAUACAGAGUGUGUUGGACCGCCUGGAAGGAUUCAGCCAGCAGAGUUCCACGCACAAUGUGCUAGAGGCCUUCCGGCGAGCCCGGCGCCGCAUGCAGGAAGCCCGAGAGAGUCUCCCCCAGGGCCUUGUGAGCCCCUCGGGAACCCUGAUCUAGCUCACUACAGCCCCGGCCUGUGGAACAAAAGGAUGAGAUGAAGGGUGUCUGAGGCCAGUGCUGUCUCACCUCCUCAUCUUUCUUAUUAGAGACCACAUUGGUCUGUCGAACUGGAAGACUUAGAAAUUCCCAGCAGGCACCUUUGCCUCGCCUUCAGCAGGACUUUCUUCCUUCCAUUUGGAAGUAAAGCCAGAGACCCUGAGGCCCCAUGUGGCCUUUCAUAUUGCAGCUACUAUGGGCGUCAUAGCAAAGCAGUCUUGUUAAUCUGAAACUAGUUUGGGGGAACCCAUCAUUGACCUGUCUUCAGCAGAGCCUCUGUUCUGGCUUGUCACAUAGUUUCAAUAACAGAGAGCUGUGGGGAACCCUUUGUU